AUCAACUCCGAACUUUGUAGCGAUCGAUCGAUCAAUCCCCCGACACUUCUCCUCUUUCCGGUCCCCAAUUCGAUCUCUUCUUCUACUUCUUCGCGUCGGGAUCGAUCUCUGCAUCACCACAGCAUAAAAAGGUGUAAUGGCAGGGGGGAGCGAGUCGGAGCCGGCGAAGGUGCUGCUGCCAUAUCUCCAGAGAGCUGACGAGCUCCAGAAGCACGAGCCCAUCGUCACCUAUUAUUGUCGGCUGUACGCGAUGGAUCGUGGGCUUAAGAUCCCCAAGAAAGAGCGCACCAAGACCACCGACGCCAUCCUUGUCUCUCUCAUGAACCAGCUUGAGAAGGACAAGAAAUCGUUAAAAUUAGGACCAGAUGACAAUCUUUAUGUGGAGGGUUUUGCAUUGAAUCUUUUUGCAAAGGCAGAUAAGCAAGAUCGGGCUGGGAGAGCUGACUUGAAUACUGCAAGAACAUUUUAUGCAGCCAGCAUUUUCUUUGAGAUUUUGAAUCAAUUUGGUAAACUUCAUCCUGAAAUUGAGCAGAAGCAGAAGUAUGCAGUUUGGAAAGCUGUAGAUAUAAGGAAAGCUUUGAAGGAAGGAAGAAAGCCUGAACCAGGCCCUCCUGGUGGUGAUGACGUGUCAACCUCACCAAGAAGCACAUGUGAUUUGGGUCCAAGUGAGAGCUUUCCAUCUAGCCAACCAGGUGGCGACACAUCAUCUCCGCAUAUAAAUGAGAGUCUAGGAAGAAGUAAGGGCUUCCAGAAUAGCCACGGAGGUGCUGAUAUAUCAUCACAACACUCCGAAAUAAUUAAUACAGACUUCUCUAGUCAAGCACCUUCAACAACUUAUGCUACCACUGAGCAUCCUACUAAUGGUCUCCAUCAGUUUCCACCAACAAACAGGCCUGAAUACACUGUUUACCCUCGACACUACGAUCCCCGAUCCUAUCCAAAUGAACAACAACCUGUUCCACAAAAUUAUCACUCACCCAAAAAUCCUAGUCCCAACUAUUGUUACCCUAAUUUUCAGUCUUGCCCAAGUUAUCAUGACAGCACGUUCCCAGCAGCACCCACACAUCAGCCUGCUUUCCACCAUGGCCCUGACGUUGCCUCCUCUCACCAUUCAGCUCCAUCUUUUCCCAAUUACCCAUCAACUGUGCCGUUCAGUGGCAAUGGCAAUGGCAAUGUGAACCAUGCUGUGCCCCCAGCCCCAUCUGUUGAUAAUUACAAGUAUGACAGCAAUUACCAGCCGUCUGUAGAGAAGAUUGGAGAAGCUCACAAGGCAGCAAGGUUUGCUGUGGGUGCUCUUGGAUUUGACGAUGUCCCUGUUGCGGUGGAUUUCCUUCGGCGCUCUCUUGAACUAUUGACCAAUCCUUCAGCUGAGAUUCAUUAGGUGUAAGUGUCCACGCUCUUUCUUAAAAACUGCAAUUGUAUUUUCUGUACAUAAUAUUUGGUUUGGCGGCAUGUGAUGUUGUUUAUAUGGAUAGUUUUUCUUCUCUAAACCCCGACAUUUGUACGUUGCUGAAACUCAUGGAUCAUGUUAUGUUCUUUGUAUUUCUAUUUUGUUUAUGUAAUAUGAUAAUAUGAGGAUUAAAAGAAGAGCAG